AACAUACACGAAAUACAAGAAGCCCUGGACGCGUAUGACAAAGCUGUGAAAUUAAAUCUUGGGGUCGUACAGUCAUGACAGUAUGAGAUCAAGGUUGAUGCAAUGGAUGAUGAGACAGGGAAAAAAGAUGUUGCCAUAGCAACACUGGAUGAGCAUCAUCAAGAAAAGAAAGAAACAGGAUGGGACCGAAUCAAACAGGCUUAUACAGCAGACCCAGAAACUCAUGAGAUCCCGCGGGAGUUGUACGAGCUGAUCCUGAUGACAACGAUGGGUAUGCUGAUGGGAUAUGCCUACGGUGGUGUCCCGGCAUCCAGACAUGCCAGAGAUCGCUACAUACAGAAAAGCGGGGCCGCAAUAUACAGCAGCCGUCUCGAAGCUACGGGUGCAUCUUACAAUGCGGGAGUAAGAGGCUUCAUACGCUAUGGGUAUCGUUGGGGAUGGAGGAUAGCAUUCUUGGCUGCUGGUUUCCAAGGAAUUAGCACGUGUAUGUCAUUGUACAGAGACAAACAGGACAUCACAAACUACGUCAGUGCAGCAAUGGUGACAGGUUCGUUGUACAGAUUCAACCUUGGGCUGAGGGGGCUUGUUGGGGGAGCGUUUGCGGGUGCUGUUGUGGGUAUUCCAGCUGGGCUGAUAUUAAUGGGGGCCCAGAAACUGCAGGGAGAAACCACAUUGGAGAAGAAUAAACGAGUACGCCAGGAAAAAGCAAUCGCCAGAGAUAAAGAAUUGUUACUAAGGAGAGAUGUGACUCCUUUGAUGAUGGAGUACAUGGAGGAGAACAUGAAUCCGAGAAGUGACUCUGAGAAAAAUGAGACGGCUUCAAGUUGAUGCUGAUUUGUGGUUGACUCUUCUGUUCCAUCUAAUGUUGCAUUCCCCGAUGCAUCAAAGCCCUCGGACCAGUAUUCAUCUAGCCUAUGCAUAAAACAGCAUGCGUUUCAGUUCCACAUACAAGCCGAAAUGUCAACAAUGGAGAACUUUGACUCUGUACACAAGAACACCCAAUGAUAAAAAUGACGAGUGCGAUAAUGAGCAACUGAGCGUCACUGUCGCUGUAGGACCAUUCUCAUGUGCAUUUGUCUCACGUGAAGACACCGUGGAUUUGUUCACAGCAAAGUUGAAACUGUUUGCCAUACUAUGCUCAAUCCGUGCAUGAAUACGAUGUGUUCUUCACCGCCUCGCAUCAGUAGUCCAUGCUGCACCAUCUACAGUUCCCAUACGGAGGCCUUUUUAUACCCUGGCUUAUUUGGUGUUUCAGUUGGCUUUGAAAUAUGUGACUUAAAGGCACAUAGGGUCAUUUGCAUUAAAGGGAAGAUACAACAUUUGCAAACAUCAAAAAAACGAAAUGAUCAAAUUAUCACGAAAUACCUUUCUGGAUUGUUAGGAAAGACGGUCUAAAGCAUCCUGUAACAUCGU